AUGGGCAGCGAGCGAAAAUCGGCAGUGUUACCUGAUAAUUGCAGGAAGAUGAGUGCGUACCACGAGGGAGGGAGGGCCCUUGUUGCUAUCCACACGGACGGUGCUCACACAAUCCACAAGGCUACCAUUGUCCCGAGGGGGAACACUCUCGGCAUGGUGACGCAGUUGCCGGAGGAAGAAGAUGUGUACAAAGUCUCAAGGAAGAAGAUGCUGGCCAAAUUGGACAUACUCAUGGGAGGCAGGGUGGCUGAGGAGCUUAUAUUUGGAGAGAGCGAGGUGAGCUCUGGCGCCGUGUCUGAUCUAAGCGAGGCGACUAAACUGGCGAAAGAUAUGGUCACCAAGUAUGGUAUGAGCGAGCUGAUCGGCCUUGUUUCCUAUGGCAACAACAGUGAUGGUGGUGGCGGGAAGAAGGCAGCGACUGCGAGUGGGCAUACGAUGGCUCUGGCCGAUGAGGAGGUGAGAGAAUUGCUUGGCAAGGCUUACAAGAACGCGAAGAAGAUAGUCACGGCGCACAGCAAGGAGCUUCAUGUGCUAGCCAAUGCCCUUCUCGAGCAUGGAACUCUCACCGGAGACCAGAUAAAUGAACUUCUUGUGCAAAAUAAUUCUUGCCGAGUUAUUCAGCUUGGUGAGAGCGAGGUGACUGCUGGUGCAUUGGCUGAUCUAAGCCAGGCGACGCAGCUGGCAAUAGACAUGGUCACCAGUCACGGUGGGAAGAGGAUGACCAUGAGGGGGCAGAAGACUGCACAGGUCGAUGAGGAGGUGAAUCAGCUAUUGGACAAGGCUUACAAGAAUGUGGAAACGAUUCUCAUACCGCACUGUAAGGAGCUUCAUGUGCUAGCCAGCGCCCUCCUUGAGCAUGAAACUUGUUAG